AUGAUUCUGUCGCCCCAACAGAAACAAGAAAUAAACUUGUCGAGCACCGGGAAAUCUAUCGCCGACUCUACAUCUGAUGAGGUUCCACAAAAGACUGAGCCCUUUCAGUUUGGAUCUCGAAUACUAAAUGCAGAGAAGGACGUAUUUGAGUUCAAUGCCUGGGACCAUGUAGAAACUGACGAUUCGUACAAAGAGUAUGCUCAGCUCCAGUACACCAAACAAAGAAACGACCCGGUGUCUGAAUUUGAUAAGACUAGAUUCAAUUCAGAACCAGAAAAAUGGUGGAAUAACUUCUAUAAGAAUAACACUGCAAACUUCUUUAAGGAUAGGAAGUGGUUACAACAGGAAUUCCCUAUAAUCAGCAGAGUAAUACGACCGGACGCCGGUAAAAUAGUUCUUCUUGAAGUUGGUGCCGGUGCCGGAAACACGGCUUUCCCUAUACUAGCCUGUAAUCAAAAUCCCAAUUUAAAAAUACAUGCGUGCGAUUUUUCGAGGAAAGCUGUGGAAGUGAUGCGUGCAAAUGAGGCCUACAAAACCACUAACAUCCAAGCUGAUGUUUGGGAUUUAGCCUCUGGACUUUUGCCUCCUGGCCUCCAUGAAGGUAGCGUCGACAUAGUUAUGUUAAUCUUCGUUUUUUCAGCCUUGUCACCAUCACAGUGGAAGCAAGCGGUUGAAAACGUGCACAAGCUACUGAAGCCUGGAGGUGAGGUUUUAUUCCGUGACUAUGGCCGAGGUGACUUGACGCAAGUACGAUUCAAGAAAGGCAGAUAUUUGGAGGAGAAUUUUUACAUAAGAGGAGAUGGAACUAGGGUUUACUUUUUUGAAAGUGAUGAGCUACAAGGUAUAUGGACCGGGCUAGAUGCAUCAGGUCAAACAACAGAAGAAAAAAAAACAAGUAGCUUCGAGGUUUUAAAGCUAGGAGUGGACCGGCGUCUGUUGGUUAAUAGAGCUAAGCAACUUAAGAUGUAUCGUUGCUGGAUGCAAGGUCAAUUCCGCAAAUUUACAGUAUGA